AACUGCAUACGGAAGUGAUGUCACUACUUGUUGCCACGUCGGAAUUCGUAGUGAUCCGGUUAUUCAUUUAAUUUGAAGUUAGAAAUAAUCUUUUGGGGUGGAGUUUGUGGAUCAUUUUAAUCAUGGUUUCUGUCAUUAACACGGUGGACACAUCUCACGAGGAUAUGAUCCACGAUGCACAGAUGGACUACUAUGGGACCAGACUGGCCACCUGCUCCUCUGACCGCACUGUAAAGAUCUUUGAUGUCAGAAAUGGAGGACAGAUAUUGGUAGCAGACCUUAGAGGUCAUGAAGGUCCAGUGUGGCAGGUGGCGUGGGCACACCCCAUGUUCGGAAACAUCUUGGCUUCAUGUUCCUACGAUCGCAAAGUGAUCGUCUGGAAAGAGGAGAACGGAGCAUGGGACAAGAUGUACGAGUACACUGGCCACGAGUCCUCAGUCAACUCGGUGUGCUGGGGUCCAUAUGACUUUGGGCUCAUCCUGGCCUGUGGAAGCUCAGACGGAGCCAUUUCCCUCCUGACAUUCACUGGAGACCAGCAGUGGGACGUCAAGAAGAUCAGCAACGCACACACGAUCGGCUGUAAUGCCGUCAGCUGGGCUCCUGCUGUGGUUCCUGGCAGUCUGAUCGAUCAGCCCACCGGACAGAAACCAAACUACGUCAAACGCUUCGUCUCUGGAGGUUGUGACAACCUGGUCAAACUGUGGAAGGAGGAGGAGGGCCAGUGGAAGGAGGACCAGAAGCUGGAGGCUCACAGUGAUUGGGUGCGAGAUGUGGGCUGGGCUCCUUCUAUUGGUCUGCCCACCAGUACCAUCGCCAGCUGCUCCCAGGACGGUCGUGUGUUCAUCUGGACAUGUGACGACCCCGCAGGAAACACCUGGAGCGCCAAACUCCUGCACAAGUUCAAUGAUGUGGUCUGGCACGUCAGCUGGUCCAUCACUGGGAACAUCCUGGCAGUUUCUGGAGGAGACAACAAGGUGACUCUGUGGAAGGAGUCGAUGGAUGGCCAGUGGGCGUGUAUCAGUGAUGUCAGCAAAGGCCAAGGCGCCGUGUCCACCAUUACAGACACACAACAGAACGAGCAGUGACGCACACACACACUCACAGGACGUUGGACACACAUGUCCUCCACUGGUCCUUUUUUUAAGAAUUGGUUGGUUUCAGUUUUUCCUGGACAUGUUUCGGUUUCAGUCCUCCUCGGCUUCAUUUUGGACGGUUUGCACAACCGUUAAGGCGGAUCCACUCCACACUCCAUCCUUACCCAUGAUGCUCUGCUUCUGAAACAUUCCUUCUCCGCUCAUGGGGAACCAUCGUCCAUCAAAGCCCCCUGAUGCACACAUAAACUCUGGUUCUGUUCACUAUAUUUACUGCAUUAGUUCCAGAUGGGCUUCGCUGCUCGGACUGAACCUGAACAUCGUCCCAGUGAAAUUAAACACAAACACAGGAUCCAGUUCAGUCCUCCGUCGUUCAAAACCUUCUCCUGAGUCCCAUCAUUACAAAUCAGAAGUGAAUGUUAGAGUUGUGUCUGACAUGCGAACAUUCACAGUGUGUAUAUGAACAGUGUUUGUUCCACUUCAGUGACAGUUCCUUUAAAACCUUCAGAUCCACAUCGGACUCGUCUUCAUAUUAUCAGUAGAAUAUGAGUCUGUCACCACAGCUCCUGUUUUCAACACAUUCAACAGGUUAACGCCCACUUAUAUGUUAAUACUUCAUGUUUCUGCCUUAAACCAGUACGUUUCCAUGGCAACCAGGUGUCAACAUGUUCCAGAGACAAAUUUAAAUGAAACUGUGUUUUCAUUUAUCUUUAAUAUCAAAACUAUGGAUGUUUGUCAUAUUUGAUGUGAUUAAAUAAGUUUAAUGUUGAAAAGUU